GAGCCUAGUCAAAACGGAAAGAGGAAAGGAGGGAAACAUUCCUCAAAACCACACACUGUCUUCUCGCUUCAAGUCCCCUCCACAAACAGUUGCCUUCUCCUCUUUGGUUCGCCGACCAGCGACCCUUCUCAACCUUAAAGCCGGGAACUUUAAUGCCAGCAACCAACUUUGGCGGGAAAAAAUAACAAACGAUUCCUCUGUUUAACUCUCACUUGAUAGUUGUUGCAAUUCCUUUUCAUGCAAUCUACGUUAUACUCACCCACUAAUUCUCGCCAAUUCCAUUUUCCAUGGAGACCCCAUCAUUUGAAACCCAUCUCCAAGAAGCUCAAAUUAUCCUCACCCAGAGCCCCAACUCUUACCGCUUCACUCAGAACCUCCAUCAAUUACGAACCUGAAGAAGGUCUUAAUGAGGGGCCGAGACCCAUCUUGCCCGUGCGGCUACCGGUGGUGAUUAGGCACUCCGGUAGGGUCUCCAGGUAUUCGUGGGACGGGAGCAGCUUGAAAUUGGUGAGUGUUGAUGGCGGUGCGUUGUCUUUUUGUCUUGAUUUCGAGGAUGGGUUUCGUAAAAUUUUUCGGGUUUCCAGUUUGGCUGUUAGGAAUUUCUUUAUUCCUAAGCAAGUCCCUGAUAAUUACAUGGCUUACGUGAAAUGGAAGCUCUUGCACCGCGUUUUUAGCUCCGCUUUACAGGUUCUUGCUACCCAGGCCAUGUUUCGGGCUAUAGGCAUUGGUUAUUCUCGUUCGCUUCCAUCUGCAGCUGCUCUUAACUGGGUCUUGAAGGAUGGACUUGGACGGCUGAGUAGGUGCAUCUACACUGCUAGCUUGGCUUCUGCCUUUGAUACCAAUUUGAAGAGAGUUAGGUUCUCAACAUCUGUUCUCUUCAGUUUAAGCAUUGGAGUGGAGCUGCUGACUCCUGCAUUUCCUCAACAGUUCUUGCUUCUUGCUACUUUAGCCAAUGUUGCAAAACAAAUAAGCCUGGCUUCCUACUUGGCAACUAGUUCCGCUAUCCAUAGAAGCUUUGCAGUAGCAGAUAAUCUUGGUGAAGUUUCAGCAAAAGCACAGAUACAAACGGUAUGCUUCGAUAAUCUUGGCCUCUUGAUUGCUGCACUUUUGAAUAUGCUGUUCAAGAACAAUCAAAGAUUGCUUGCAGGGUUGCCUUUUGUUGUUUACCCUAUUUUCUCAGCUAUAGACCUUUUUGGAAUAUAUCAAGGGCUUAAACAUGUCCAUCUGCAAACAUUAACUAAGGAUAGGCUUGAAAUCAUACUAAAUUCAUGGAUUGAGUUAGGACAUGUACUUUCACCUGCAGAAGCGAGUAAAAUAGAAGGAAUUGAUUUUCUGCGCAGCAAAGGAAAAGAACUAUGGCCCAUUAGAAUUGGGUGCAUAAACACCAAGGAUCAGGUACCUAAGUUGUCAAUGAUGGCAAUGCAGUCUUUGAGUGAGAAGGAUUUUUACUUCAUAUGCAUGGAAAACUCUCACAGAAGAUUGACAAGAUCUAAGCAACAAGGAAUUCUUCUAUGCAUACGCGAGGGGGCUGGCACUGCAGAUGUUAUAAUGGGUUUGUUGCAGGCCUGCUACAUUCGGAAGGCUCUACUUCUUAGUAGGUUGGGAACUAUUUUGGAGGAUAAUGAACCAGAAGGCUCCGUUCUGAAGGAGUGGACUAAAUUGAUUGAGGAUAGCAAGGGAGCAGCAGAAAGAGAUUUGUCCCCAUUAGCUAGUCAAAUGUUGGCACUGGGCUGGGCUAUCAAGAAUAUAUUACUGAGCAAUGAGGAGCAGGCUAGAUACAGUUUUGUAGAUGAUUGAGCAAUCAAACAUCUGGGUGUACACUACUGUAAAGUUAAGGUGGCUCUCCCACUGACCGUAGGAGAGUUUUUGGGAUCAUUAUUAUUUUUAUUCAAAAAGAAAAAAAAAUUGCAUGCAGCAAUUUAUCUGAUGUGUGUCUACUUGUGUCAAUAAUAUGCAGUCAAAAAGGUGAAAUCCAUGAUUAUUCA